ACGUCAUAUCCACAGACCCCGGAAGUGGAACUCGAAAUUGGCAGCGGCGCCGUGAAUCGCGGAGAGGAAACAACCAGGAGAGGUGGUGCGUGUUCCGGUAACGGCGCCUCGCCCCGCCCGGCUCUUGCGGGACAAGGGGCACCAGCUCAUCCUGUGAAGAUUGAUGUCCUUUUCCUUCAUCGCUUUAAUUUUGUUGACAAUUUGGAUAAACAUGGCACAGCUCCAGCAAGGAGGCCCAGAUGAAAAAGAAAAAACUACUGCACUAAAAGAUUUAUUGUCUAGAAUAGACUUGGAUGAACUGAUGAAAAAAGAUGAGCCACCACUUGAGUUUCCCGAUACACUUGAAGGAUUUGAGUAUGCCUUUAAUGAAAAGGGGCAAUUAAGGCAUAUAAAAACUGGGGAGCCAUUUGUUUUUAACUACCGUGAAGAUUUGCAUAGAUGGAACCAAAAGCGCUACGAAGCUCUUGGAGAGAUCAUUACUAAAUAUGUCUAUGAACUACUGGAAAAGGAAUGCCACUUGAAAAAAGUAACUCUCCCAGUAGAUGCUACUGAGAGUGAGCCAAAGAGUUUUAUCUUUAUGAGUGAGGAUGCAUUGACAAAUCCAGAUAAACUGAUGGUUUUAAUUCAUGGUAGUGGUGUUGUCAGGGCAGGUCAGUGGGCUAGAAGACUUAUUAUAAAUGAAGAUCUGGACAGUGGCACACAGAUUCCAUAUAUUAAGAGAGCUAUUGAGGAAGGCUAUGGAGUAAUAGUACUGAAUCCCAAUGAGAACUAUAUUGAAGUGGAAAAGACAAAAGCCCAAGUACAGCUGUCCUCUGAUAGCUCAGAUGAACCUGCAGAAAAGAGAGAAAGAAAAGAUAAAAUCCAAAAAGAAACAAAGAAGCGACGUGACUUCUACGAAAAGUAUCGGAACCCGCAAAAAGAAAAAGAAACUGUGCAGUUGUAUAUUAGAGAUAAUGGCUCUCCUGAAGAACAUGCAAUUUAUGUGUGGGACCACUUUAUUGCUGAGUCAGCAGCUGAAAACGUAUUUUUUGUCGCUCACAGUUACGGUGGACUUGCAUUCGUAGAGUUGAUGAUUCAACGAGAGGCAGAUGUAAAGAAUAAGGUAACUGCUGUGGCGUUGACAGACUCUGUUCACAAUGUGUGGCAUCAAGAAGCUGGCAAAACUAUUCGAGAAUGGAUGCGAGAGAACUGUUGUAACUGGGUGUCUAGUUCAGAACCACUAGAUACAUCAGUAGAGUCCAUGUUGCCAGACUGCCCACGUGUUUCUGCAGGGACCGAGCGUCAUGAGCUAACUUCCUGGAAGAGUUUUCCGUCUAUUUUCAAAUUCUUCAGUGAAGCAUCCGAGGCAAAGAACAGUUCAGUCAAACUAGCCCCAACACGACGCUCCAACAGAAUCAAAUACGAAGAGCUUUAAGAGGAGAAAAACAUCUCUUUGCUGCUUGUUUUCUGCAAGCAGACUCCCAGCCCCUCAUUAGAUUGUUUUCUUCCUAGAGCACAGGGUCGUGAUGUAUACAUCUAAAUAGCGUUUUGCAUUAUUUCUAGAUGA